AUGAAACAUACAGACAUCCAAGAUGCUUUGGACGAGUUCGACGUCCGUUAUCUUGAAUGCUGUCAUCAAAUUCCGACGAAGCUUGUUGUUCUGGAAUGGAGUCAAAUGAAGAAGCUUUCUUCACCGCUUUUGGCACCACAAAAGGACCCAAUUGGUGCAAUGCUGCUGGUUUCCUCAACCUCAGACUCGACUAUUCAGAACAGUGUGCCAAGGGCUCAGCCUGAACUUGAAGAGUCUGUUCCAAUGAUGGUUUUGCUGCUGUCAAAUGCCUCUUCGAGCUGCUUGAGUUUAGAUAGCCGGAAUUAUCACUCUAUUGACCUGAGAGGAAAUUCACCAACUCUGCAACUUAAGAGUUCCAUGUCGACCACCUCUAUGGACCAGUUUCUUCAAGACCCUUUUGCUAGCCAAUACGUAAACGAUUCCAGUCGUUUCAAUGUCGAUGCGUUUGUGACAACCUCUGCAAAUAGGGUGUCAAUACCAGGUUCUACGGAGCAGAACAGCAGUUCUAAUGAGCCGACUAUUACUAUGUUGCCACCUCGGCGCUUGAACCGGCUGUUUCUGACACUGGUGAUCUCGCCCAAGCUGAGCAGCCGUCGUGCUGUCGAACGCCGCAGUACAAUCACCACUUACGUGGGGAACCCGUUCUACAGAAGACGCAACCCCCAGGUGAAAAAAAGCGAUGGGAAUGGCGCCACUUAG